GAGAGAGCGUAUGAGUGUGUGGAGACUGAGACAGAGACAGCUGCAAGUGUUAGUUACACACGGUGCGUGUACAUGUAGAUGUGUGCGUGUGUGUGUGCGUGCGCGAGUGAGUGUGUGUGAUGAGUCGUGUUCCAGCAGCAGGAAACAGCUCAGAGUCCCUGCGCCCAUCAUCACAUGAGAGACAGCUCCUCUGGAUUCCACCUCUCACACACACACAGAACUGGACGAGCUGAAGCAGGGUCCAUGGAGGAGCUGGAGCCUGAGGAGCAGUUCCUGCGCUGUGCCCGUAAUGGAGACUUGCUGGGGAUUCAGAAGCUCUUCAUGUCCACGAUCAUGGAGGAGACGCGGAUCAACAUCAACUGCAAAGGUAAGAGUAAGUCCAACCUGGGAUGGACGCCUCUUCACCUGGCUUGUUACUUCGGACACAAAGAUGUAGUGGAGGAACUGCUUAAGGCGGGGGCCGAUGUUAACUUGCCCAAUAAUAUCGGAGACACGCCACUGCACAAAGCCGCCUUCACAGGAAGAAAGGAGGUUGUCAUGCUGCUGCUGCACUAUGAUGCAUGCGCUACUGUCAUCAAUGGGACAGCACAGAUUCCCAAAGAUGUCACCCAGAAUGCAGAGAUCCGAGGCAUGUUGGAAGCGGCUGAGCGAACAGAAGAGAGGAAACUGGAGGAGAAACUUUUGGAUGCUGCACGAGAAGGAGACCUGACCACUCUAACUCAGCUGCUCAGCAGGAAGAAGCCUCCGGACAUCAACUGCACCGAUCUGCUGGGUAACACGCCGCUGCACUGUGCAGCCUAUCGAGGCCAGAGGCAGUGCGCCCUGAAGCUGCUCAAGAACGGAGCUGGGCCCACCACCAGGAACAAGAAAGGCCAGACAGUGUUUGACCUGGCCAGCGAUACAGCAAUGAAACAGGUCCUCAAGAGCAGUGUCCUUCGAGGCAUGACCCGCCAUGUGAAGAAAUACGAAGGACUCCUGUGGAAGAGCUCCAGGUUUUUUGGCUGGCGCUCCUACUGGGUCGUCCUUCAGGACGGCGUUUUGUCCUGGUACUCGAAACAGUCAGACGCAGCUUCUAACGUCAGAAGGCAAGGCUGUAAGGCCCUCACACACGCCCACUGUUUGAUCAGAGACAAAGACAACUGCUUCUUUACCCUCAAGUGCUUCGAUGACAGCGUGCAUCACUUCAAGGUGUCGCCUAAAAACGACCCAGAGGCAACGAGAAAAGCCUGGCUGGAUGCACUGGAGGAGCACUCGGCUUACAGCACCCACUACUGCUCCCAGGAGCAGGGCAGCGAGGAGGAGGAGGAGGACGAGCAAGUGAUCUCACUCGGAGCGUUAACAGACUCACUACAGGCAGCAGAGAGCAGCCAGAAGAGGCUGGAGAAGGAGGUGGCAGCUUUCCUGUCCAUGGUGAAAAAUGAGGCGCUGGCAGAAAGCUUUCCACUUGCUGUUCUGCAGAAAAUGCAAGAAAUCUGUGAGUUGUCCAGUGAGACCAGUUCCAGUUUCAGCGUGUGUCUCAGCCUCUACUCCAGACAGGAAGGAGUGCGCAGUGUGAAAUUGGAGCAUGAGGUGGAGAAGAAUAAGAUCCUGUCUGAAGCGCUGCAGACUCUGGCCACGGAGCACCACGAACUUGAGCAAUCCGUCGUCAACGGAUCUUUGCCACGGAGUGCCCUCAGCGAGGAUGAGUUCCACGACGCCGUGUCUGAAUCAGACUCGGAGAUCUCCCUGAGCGGCUUCGAGACGGUGGCCAGUCGUUCCUUUGACGAGGACGAAGAGGAGGACGAAGGCUCUGUCAUGUUGAGCAGCCCGUGCGGCAGCCCCACCAUCAUGUUGCAGGAGGAUCACCAUAGCGACAAAGACGAGACUCAGCCCAAUGGGAUCACAAAGUACAGGACCAGCUUACCUGCACCAAUGUUUUCAAGAAAUGACUUCAGCAUUUGGAGUAUUCUGAGGAACUGCAUUGGAAUGGAACUCUCCAAGAUCACAAUGCCGGUGAUUUUCAACGAGCCGCUCAGCUUUCUGCAGCGUCUGACAGAGUACAUGGAGCACACGUACCUCAUCCACCAGGCCAACGCCGCCUCAGACUCGAUUGAGAGGAUGAAGUGUGUGGCUUCCUUUGCAGUGUCCGCUGUGGCCUCCCAGUGGGAGCGGACAGGUAAACCUUUCAACCCCUUGCUGGGAGAAACGUAUGAACUGGUCAGAGAGGAUCUGGGCUUCAGGCUCAUUUCGGAGCAGGUCAGCCACCACCCACCGGUCAGUGCCUUCCACGCUGAGGGUCUGAAACAAGACUUUGUGUUUCAUGGAUCCAUCUACCCCAAACUCAAGUUCUGGGGGAAGAGUGUGGAAGCUGAGCCCAGAGGGAUCAUCACGCUGGAGCUGCCCAAUCACAAUGAAGCCUACACAUGGACAAAUCCUACAUGUUGUGUUCACAACAUCAUUGUGGGUCAGCUGUGGAUCGAGCAGUACGGGAACGUAGAGGUGAUCAACCACAGAACUGGAGAAAGGUGCUUCUUGAAUUUCAAACCAUGUGGCCUUUUCGGCAAAGAACUGCACAAGGUUGAAGGAUAUAUUGUGGAUAAAAGCAAAAAGAAGCUCUGUGCUCUCUAUGGAAAAUGGACAGAGUGUCUGUACGUUGUCGACCCGGCUGCCUUGAAAAAUGACAAGAAGGGGGCGGAGGAGAAAAAAGGCAGCAAAGCGGGUUGCAGUGAGGAGCAGGAGGAGACUCCUUCACAUGCUACAGACACUGUGGAAGUGAUUCCUGGCAGCCAGCUGCUGUGGAGAAUCGCACCCAGACCAACUAACUCUGUCCAGAUGUACAGCUUUACGACCUUCGCCAUGCAGCUGAAUGAGCUGCGUAAGGAGAUGGAGGGAGUCAUUCCUCAGACAGACUGCAGGCUCAGACCGGACGUACGAGCCAUGGAGAACGGUGACAUCGAUGUCGCCAGUGGGGAGAAGAAGAGGCUCGAGGAAAAACAGAGAUCUGCUCGUAAAAGCAGAUCUCAGUCUGACGAGGAGUGGAAAACAAGGAGUCCUGCCCUGGGCCCAAGGUGGUUUCAACAAGGUCAAAACCCUCACAUCAGCUCCCAGGACUGGCUCUUUUCUGGUGGAUACUGGGACAGGAAAUACAGCCAGCUCCCAGACAUAUACUAAUGGUCCUUUCCUGCACACUGCACAUUGUCCUCUGUACAGAGCAGCAUUAACUGUUUUUAAUGAAAAGAGCUAUAAUAACUACAAGUAAUAUGCAAACAAUCUACUUAAACUGUGUGGCCUUAAUCUGCUUUCUAAUCGUGAAACUGCAUUAAAUGUCAAUGAUCAAUAUUUAGACUUUGUGAAAGGUAGGUUUGACAGUGUAGCAUUUAUAUUUAUACUGAGAGAAGAUAAUGGACUCACAGUGGAGAGGUGUUGACGCACACGUGUUUGCAUAUCAGCUGUCGUCUUUUAAAAUGUUCAGACUCUAAAUGUGAAACAUAUGUACAUACGUCACACAAACCGUCAGUGACCUCAUUCAUAUUUCCUCUCACAAGACCACUUACAGUUAAUGUGAUGUUAAAGGUGUCAGUCAUCUCUCCUUAUGUAUUUUACCUUAUCAAACAAUUAGGUGUAUAAAACAUACUUAAGAAAAACUACAGUAUAAUUUCUAUAUCACUACUACACAUGUAUUAUGACUUUAAGAAUUGACUGGCACAUGUUUCGGUUGUUUUUAUCAUUUUGUCCACUGAGGCCUUCAACUGUGAUGCUCCAUAUACCUUUCACACAUGAAAGAAUUGACUUUUAUAAAGAGGUCUAUUAUAAUGUUUUGCUGUAAUGUAAAAUCUGUGUAUCGUACAAUCUGUCAGAGACUGAAACAAAGUUGGUUUGGGGUGAUUAGGUCAAAAGAUGAAAAAUCAUCAAACAUCAGUAAAUCAUCCCAGUGUAUUCAUGUAUGUUUUUACUUUUUAUUGUUAGGUUUGACAGGAGCGCAGGACAAAUUUCAGGAAUCUGAAAAUAAAGUGUGAUCUGAUCAAAA